AAACUAGAAUCCAAUUUGGAAUUGAGCACCAUCAUGUUUUCUCUUUAAAAAAACAAAAAAAUAGUCAAAUUGAUAAGGUAUUGCCAUCGAUGAAGAAACACGGUGAACACGAAGAACAUGGCAACCUUACCGAAACCCUCCUCCUUCAACAUAACGACCAAAAGAUACAACAUCAGCUCUGGAUCGAGACCAAGAAGCUAUGGCACAUCGUGGGCCCCUCCAUCUUCAGCCGCGUUGCCACCUUCACCAUGAACGUCGUCACCCAAGCCUUCGCUGGACACCUCGGCGAACUCGAACUCGCCUCCAUCUCCAUCGCCAACACCGUCAUUGUUGGCUUCAAUUUUGGCCUCCUCUUGGGAAUGGCGAGCGCGUUGGAGACACUGUGCGGGCAAGCGUUUGGGGCAAAAAAGUACGGCAUGCUGGGGAUAUACAUGCAGAGGUCAUGGGUGGUUUUGUUUCUGUGCUGCUUCUUGCUCUUGCCAUUUUACGUAUUUGCCACUCCCAUCUUGAAGCUUCUAGGGCAGCCUGAUGACGUGGCGGAAUGGAGUGGUAUGGUGGCUGUGUGGCUCAUCCCUCUUCACUUCAGCUUUGCAUUCCAGUUCCCGCUGCAGAGGUUUCUUCAGUGCCAGCUCAAGACGGCGGUGAUUGCGUGGGUUUCGUUGCUGGGCCUCGUGGUCAACGUGGUCACCAGCUGGCUCUUCAUCUAUGUGUGGGACUUUGGAGUUGUUGGUGCCGCCAUUGCUCUCAAUUUGUCCUGGUGGGUUCUUGUCAUUGGGAUGUUUGCUUAUACUGCUUGCGGCGGUUGCCCAUUGACUUGGACCGGUUUUUCCAUGGAAGCGUUUUCUGGUCUAUGGGACUUUCUCAAACUCUCUGCUGCUUCUGGUGUCAUGCUAUGCUUAGAAAACUGGUAUUACAGAAUAUUGGUGCUAAUGACUGGGCAGUUAGAGAAUGUGACGAUUGCUGUUGAUGCCUUGUCGGUAUGUAUGACUAUCAAUGGUUGGGAAAUGAUGAUUCCCCUGGCUUUCUUCGCUGGUGUUGGAGUAAGGGUAGCAAAUGAGCUAGGCGCAGGAAAUGGGAAAGGAGCAAAAUUUGCAACACAAGUGGCAGUGGCACAAUCAAUUGUGAUUGGGGUUGUGUUCUGCGUGAUAAUAAUGAUUUUUCACGACCAAUUCGCUUACUUAUUCACCUCCAGUCCCCAAGUCCUUGAUGCCGUUGACCACAUGGCUUUCCUCUUAGCCAUCACCAUCCUCCUCAACAGUGUUCAACCCAUUUUGUCAGGAGUGGCUGUUGGUUCGGGAUGGCAAGCAUAUGUAGCAUAUAUAAAUAUAGGGUGCUAUUACGUUAUUGGACUCCCUCUUGGAAUAAUCAUGGGAUGGAUCUUCAAAACUGGCGUCGGAGGUAUAUGGGGAGGGAUGAUAUUUGGGGGCACUGGAAUCCAGACGCUCAUACUCAUCGUUGUAACGUCACGAUGUGAUUGGGAAAAGGAGGCUGAAGAAGCUAGUUCCCGGGUAAAGAAGUGGUCAAAUUCUAAAUCGAACGACCAAAUAGAGGGCACCUCUGAUCCCCAUUAAUAUUAGAUUAAAUAUGAUCAGAACGAUUAUAUAUUAGCUAACUCGAGUUUUGAUUUGUUUGCUGCUCCAAUGUCCGGCCAGUUACUAGAAUUUGCCAUUAUUAUGUGUGUAUCAGUGUAUGUAACAUUCUUUGAAUGCGGCUUUUGAAGUUACUUCAUAUACAAAAGUUCUGAUCAAGAAUAAGCCUUGCACUGUGUGCCCAUGUUAUUCUCUUUUUC